AUGCCGGCGACAGAGUUGGUGAUAGAGGGAGCUAGCUAUUACCAGUUUAUCCAGGAUUCUCUUCGUCUCCCGGAGCCUGGCGCUGAGGGUCCUGACCCUUUGUUGGGGGGAUGGGUGCUUCCCGAUGCUCGGAUCUCGUAUACCGGAGAGAGUGGAUCCGAGAUUGUGGAGACUUUCCCGGAAGACCGGGUUUUCCAUGCUCCGCUCCCUGAGGGAGUAGAGGCGGUUCCGGCCCGUACGGCCAAUGCGAUGGUGGGGGUGAUCAACCGGUUGAAGUCCGCGUUGGUUCGAGCUCGGUCUGCACUUUCUUGCAGGAGCCCCCACUCUACUCGGACGGCUACUGGGCGUGCUGGGGCCGACGACGCGGGUCCCUCGGGCGGGGGACACGGUCGUCGCGAGAGAGAGAGAGCACAGCACUCGCCCCUACGGCAUCGCCGUUCUGACGCGGGGGUGAGUUCUUCCGGGGAGAGGUCCGAGCCGGAGCGUGGGCGGCGUUCCGUGUCGGUGGCCCGAGAGCCUAGCCCCGAGUUGCAGUCGCAACCUCAUUUUUGGGGUGACUCUGGCUGGGGUCUCUCAUACCACGGGGAGUGGAGUGGAUGGACCGGCGAGGCUUGGAGACAUGGAGCCGAUGACGAGUCUUAGGCUUACCUCCUGUUUUAUACAUAUUCAUUCUUGUGUUCCGCAUGUAUAUAUAUAUUUUUUUGCGAUUUUUGGUGCAAGAAUGUUUUGAGCCUUCCGUGGGCUUUGUUUUAACAUAUUAUAGCAAUAUUAGCUUCC